AUGGUGAUCCCACAGGUAGGCAACAGGGUGCAAGUGGCAGCUGAACUAUUUGAAAGGAGAAGAAACAGCCGCUCUGAAGACAAGAAGCAGUCACUGUUGACAUUGCUGGUCUUGGUGCUGUACUUGGGCACAUGGAUAUCAGGAAGAAGUUGGGAAGUGUCAGAAAAGAUCAGAGAAUGUAACUACCCCCAGGAUACUGUGGCAACCCAGGGGCUUGAAUAUCAGACCAAUGACUGCUCUGAAGUACCAGUAAAGUUCAUCAGGCACUGGUUGAAGCAAAACUUGCGUGUUCUCUUGGAGAAGCUGGACGAAGAGCUGCGUGAGCUGGAGCAGCUGGUCCAGGACCUGGAGGAAUGGCUAGAUGCCCUCCUGGGAGAAGCAUACCUGGAGAUGCCAUGCUCUACCCUCAGAAAGCACUUGUGA